GGUUUCCGCUUUUCCUUAGUCUUAUUUCCUGUGUUGUAUUUCCUCCAUGCUUAAUGUCUCGGUGGAUAUUUAAAAUGAACGAAACGCAGCGCUGAUACAACGUCACACGUUUUAGAAUUAAAAAUACAAAUUACAGGCAUGAUGUUACGUUUCAUAGGCAUGGGGAUGUUCUCGGUUUCUAGGCCGAUGCUGGUCAGAUGCCGAAGGUGUUGUGAACUUCUCUCUCCUCAGAUGGGAAUGUUUAAUGCGACGAGACUGAACAGAACUGCUUCUGGGAGCGAAAAACAUCGCUGUUGCGACACUGAUCACAGCUUUGCCACUCUGACGUCCAGCCCGUCAAGGGAGACCAUGCUGAAUAGCGACUGGAAACUCAGAAAUGUCAGAAUGCGUCUGCAGGAUCAGAUACCGGCCACAAGGUGGAUCGCAAACCUUAGUAUCAGGCAGGCCUCGUAUUUGUGUGUCCACAGAGGGCGCUGCGACCACCGCUCUCAGGAAGGGAGAGGAGUUCCCCUGUGGAAACUCACGCCGGCUGUGAUCUCAAUGGCGGCGCUUGCGUACUGCCUUAAAAGGGGUUCCGAUCCAAAAGGAGACUCUUUGCUGGAAGCAGCCAGAUCCAAUAAUGUCCAGGAAGUCACAAGGCUGCUGGCUGAAGGGAUCGACCCCAACUACCGGCACCCACUGGGCUGGACUGCGCUGAUGGUGGCAGCCAUGUGCCAUCACCACAAUGUGGUGAAGGCGCUGUUAGCUGCAGGUGCAGAUCCAAACCUGGGUGAUGAGUUCAGCACCGUCUAUGACACCGCAAGGGAGAAAGGAAUCCAUUCUCUGGAAGUGCUGGUGACCCGUGAGGACGAGUUUAGUAGCCGACUCAAUAGCCGCGCCAGUUUCCGCGGCUGCAGCGCCCUGCACUACGCCGUGCUGGCCGACGACCUGCGGACUGUAAAGAUCCUCCUGGAGGCAGGUGCCAACCCCCUGCUGCCCAAUGAGAUAGGGCACACGCCACCCGCCUACGCCAAGGAGGGGGAGAUGGCAAAGCUGCUGAAGGACUGGGAAGGCAAGUUUCAGGAGGCUCAGCAGCGGCGGGAAGCCGAGGAGCGGAGACGGUUCCCCCUGGAGCGGAGACUGAGAGAGCACAUCAUUGGACAGGAAGGGGCCAUCAACACUGUUGCCGCAGCAAUUCGGAGGAAGGAAAAUGGCUGGUACGACGAAGAGCAUCCCCUUGUCUUCCUCUUCCUGGGCUCAUCUGGAAUUGGUAAAACAGAGCUAGCCAAACAAGUGGCCCGAUACAUGCACAAAGACGUCAAGAAGGGUUUCAUCCGAAUGGACAUGUCAGAGUUUCAAGAGAAACAUGAGGUGGCCAAGUUCAUAGGCUCUCCCCCCGGCUAUGUGGGCCAUGAGGAAGGUGGUCAGCUGACCAAGCAGCUCAAGCAGUGUCCCAAUGCGGUGGUGCUGUUUGACGAGGUGGACAAAGCCCAUCCUGAUGUGCUCACCAUCAUGCUGCAGCUCUUUGAUGAGGGAAGGCUGACCGAUGGGAAAGGGAAGACAAUUGAAUGCAAAGACGCUAUCUUCAUUAUGACAUCCAACGUGGCGAGCGAUGAGAUUGCCCACCAUGCUCUGCAGCUCAGACGUGAAGCCCAGGAAGUGAGCCGAAGGAGGCUUGCAGGGAAUCUUGAUGAUGUUCAAGUAAGUGACAAAAUCACCAUAUCCAAGCAGUUCAAGGAGAAUGUCAUUCGCCCUAUUUUGAAGGCACAUUUCAGGCGGGACGAGUUUCUGGGUCGGAUCAAUGAGAUUGUUUACUUCCUGCCUUUCUGCCACUCCGAGCUCAUCCAGUUGGUCAGCAAGGAGCUCAGCUUCUGGGCAAAGAAGGCCAAACAGAGACACAACAUCACUCUGCUGUGGGACCAGGAGGUGAUGGAUCUUCUGGCAGGAGGGUACAACCUGCACUACGGAGCCCGCUCCAUUAAACACGAGGUGGAGCGCCGAGUGGUGAACCAGUUAGCCGCGGCCUACGAACAGGAGCUGCUCCCGCGGGGCUGCACACUACGUCUCUCUGUGGACAGCUCUGUGGAGAGUGGCUCUGAGGGCCGGGGCCCCAGCCUGCGCCUGGAAAUAGUGGGAGACGACAGCACUUCCAAAAAACUGGACAUCCGACCCCCUCUUAACCCAGAGGAGCUGGCUUUCUCUCUGUGAUUUCUUAGGAGCUGCGUGAAGGAAGGAACAUUUCUGCACACUGAGAGCUUGCAGGUUCUGGUGAAACACUGAAGAAACAGUACAGGAAGAACCACAGGCUGUGUAGCCAACUUACAAGCAUGUUCGUGUGCGAAAGUUCCACUGAUAAAAUCACUGGGACAGAUUUCAUUUUCUUCCCAGAAAAAGAAAUGCAUCCAGCCCUCACCCAUGCUUGUAGACAGCGUAGGAAGCAGCAGCACUGUCACCAUUUCCAGCAGUGUGGUAGUGAUUUGGGCCUUCUGGAGCUCAACAAGAUGGGCCACCUAGUUUAUAAACUAGACGGCAGCUGCAAACUCAGUUUGAAUGAGUGUAGAGCCCCAGCACUUGGAGAAGAAUUUGAGGUUUCUUACUACAGCAAAAUAACAUUUAAAGAAAAAGAACUUCCCCAGUGAAACAGCACAAUCCACAGCCUACUCUCUAACAUGCUGUAUGAUGCUUUAUGUUUCCUGACCUUAUUUGGAAGAUAGAGAGACCAGCCAAUUGAAACUAUAUAAAGAUGAAGGGCACUGACACAGAAAUGUAGAGUUGACAAGAUGUAGAAUUAUUUCAUCAUAUAGUUGUCUAUUUUGAUUAUUAAUUUCACAGACAAUAUGAAAAAGAGCCUGUAGAAGUGGAGACAUUGUAAAGUACUUAAGAACUUGCUUCAGACUUGAAUCCCCUUGUCUUUGUAUUAGAGUGAAUAAACCUGCUUCUUCAAACUC